GAUUUUUACUUAAUUUUUCAGAUAGUCGAGGAAGAACAUGUUCGAUGAAAAAUAUUCUAAUCGUCAUACCCAUCGUCAUUUACUAAAAUAUGUAGGGUAUGAAUUCUUGUUUGAAGACGAUCGACUGGGACUCGUUUGCGAGGAAUGCAAGUGCAAGAGCGAUAAGACUAUAAGUACACUCGGCCGACGUCAAAGCUCCGACGUCAUACCGCACGUAGCGGCACGUGGUACACGGCGUCAUCGCUUAUUAUUCUCACGCAGAUCAACCGCGUGUAUUGUUGCGCGCGAGACACGCGAGAAACGGCACCUGUUACAGCCAUCGUAGUCACCGCACCAUCCCCCUCCUAGCUUCUUAUAAUCUAAUAAUCCGCCGCUAAUAACAUUUAUCUGUCUUUAAAAAAUCUUGCGAGGAAACCUAUACAUUCAUCGUGAAAUCAAUAAAUCUUCGCCAUCUCCUGAAGAGACUGAGCCAUUAAAUUACAACAUACUCAACGAUUUUUUACUAAAUUAGUUAAGAAAAGAAAAAUAAGAUUAUUUUAAAAGUUGGUGAAGACAUUUUUAUCUCAGAACAGCGAAGUUCUUCAAUUAUUAUGAAUUACAAAUAUCUCGAGCAUUGAAUGAUCUCAAAGGGACCCUUUGAAAUGGGAAUCGGGAGCUACCAGAAACGGUACCGAAAUUAUCCGAAUGCAGACAAUUCGUAUAAACUCAUUGACACCUGUUCCUCUCUCUCGAUCCAACCAGUUGAGCGUGAUCGUGUCGGGAGAUCGAGAGAGACGGCAGGAUCCAUCGGCGGGUCGUUCGCACGCAGGACCGCGAGCGUGAAACCUGUGCAGGAGAGGGACGGAGAUAGGGGCUGGGGUUGCGUCGGCGUUGUGAACGUUCCACGGUGUGGUUCGGCGGGUAGGGCACGCGUCGCGACGUCUCGCGUCAGAGUCGCUGGGGCUAUCGGGACGACGGACGGGCGAAACCAGUGGCGGCGAAAACAUCACGGCACGGUUAUCCGCCAUAUUGGCGCCCGAACGCGAGCGAAAUCGUGUGUCCGGCCUGAGCGGAAAGGCCGAGGGUCGCGCUCUCUUCUCCGCGAGAUCUCUCCUCAUCCCCGAGAUCCGACGAACGAGCACCGUGGGGGUGAGAAACGAGGGCGUGUAUGCUCGAGGGGGUUGCGCGCGAGAGGGGCCGAGGACGCUAGGGGGCGGAGGUCGUGGUGGUGGAAGAGAGCGAUCGCCGUCGUCGGACAACAAGCCGAGAUACGCCUCGAACGGUUUCCAUCGUCAUCGGUGAAACAGGGUGAAACGAUUCGAGGGAAAAAGAGAGAGAGAGAGAGAGAGAUAGACGUUAAGGAGGGGCGGAACGGGGACAGCGAGGAAGCUGGAAGGAAGUGCCCGCGGUAUGAUAGUGGCCAGGAACCAGGGAAAGUGUCGACGGAAAAAAGUGAAGUCCGGUGCCUCGAGCGCGUAGUAAUAGUAAUAGUACCACCCUUGGCCUACACCUCGUUCCUCGACAGAUCUCGCUGACCUUAUUUCUUUCAUUCUCUCGUUUCGCGAAUUCGUUUGCGGAUCAAUGCUCCGGGUUAAACCGGACCAAGUGUAACGAGCUUCCGUAAACCGUUGUGCACCUUGUGAUGUUCACACGCGAGUUCGGGAGUUCGCUGACAUCGGUCCGCGUAACACGCCCCAGCAAUGUGCGGUAGAGAGAUAAACAGGAUAAAUAAUCGUGUGCGGUUCUCUGUACGGCGGACUCUUAGUAAAAGAAUGUGAUAGAAAAUGUAGACGCACGUUGAACGAUCGCGAUAGCGUAAAAGAUAAAUUCGACUUAUCGGGAAUACCGGGUCGUCGAGAAAAAAAGUUGACGCGUUUAAUCAUGAUCGUGACACGCUAUACUUGUAUUCAUUAGCCCGGAUCACUCGACUAGCUGGGAUUCGGAUCGAGCAGACUCACCACCAAAUCCACGUAUAAGAUAGGAAAUAUAAAAAAUCCCGGGUAAAACCAGCAGCGAGGAGAAUCGGGACGCGUUAGCUUGUUCGCUGGUCGGUGUCCAGCGUGACAGCGCCGUGUGGGCUCGUCUCUCCCUCUGGUCUCGACUUCUGCCAAUCAAUAACCCAGCGCACCGACUCGUUCACGCUCCGUUCUCUUCCUCCCUCUCUGUUCUCUCCCUCUCUCGGUUUCCCUUAACUUCGUCAGUCUCUCGCCUCAUCUUUCCCCGUUCCGUUUUUCCUCCGAGCGACCCGAAAUCGAGACGACGCAAGACCGUGCGUUUAAACGAAUCCGGCAGAUGGUCCAGGUGCAUGGAAGAGGCCUGCCCGAUGCUAUCCGUUUCUCUCUUCCGUCCUGUUUCGUUUCCUAGCUCCGGCCUCUCUUUCGGAGGCUGAAAAAUAAUCGUCCCUGUCUUCCUCGCGGAGACGGUCCGCUCGAGGGGCGAGCUCGACGACAACGUCGACUUCCAGUCGUCGGCGACGUCGCGGUGAACAUCGCGGCGACGGAACGGAGCUGCCAGAGGCGGCGGUAGCGGCGCUCCAGGCCGCGCCAGCGCCCUGCACACGCAGCAGCACCUUUAAACAGCCACGAAACCUAUUUAUACUCGCCGUCAAACGGAGACGACGUAGCGAGAACAGCGCCGUGUUCGGCCGCCCACGCGAGCAACAGCCGCGCGAGAAAGAGAGACGCAUACACGAACCUCGGGCAGCGAGCAACAGCCACGGAAGAGGAGAUCCGAGAGUAUACGCGUUGUCGCUCGGUCGCCGUUGAAUCCUCGCCGAGGUUCGAUCGAUUCGUCAAUAUCGAGGAUCCGAGAGAAACAGGAGUAGAGUAAUUAACGCGAAAUCGUCCCAUCCAUUCAUCCCGGUACAUUCGUCGAGUGGUACUACUGUGGUCAGUUCGGUAUCGUUCUCAUCGGAUCGUCGGUUCUCGUCCUGGUAUCACGUCGAUGGACAACGAGCGAGUCGCCCGAUGGGAGAUCGACGGCGGUGGUGUUCUGCAUACAAAGCGACAACGACGACGGCCGAUGUCCACCCAUAGCGGACGCCAUUGAGAGUCUAUCUUCCCCUCUGGAGAGUGAUCGACCAUCGCGCAUCCGCCUUCCCUUCUCGUGUGUCGGAUCGAGACCGAUCUGCGCGCUACCACCGCUCAGAGGCGGUUUCACUCUCUAGCCUCGGAACUGGCUGCUGGAUGGGGUUGCUGGGUGUCGUCGCGGUGUCCUCCGGUCGUCGGGUGUCGUCGAAUCCGUCGGUCGUCGGACGGUCACUGCUGAUCGGGGUGUGAAAAAAAGCUCGACUGGAUGGACGAGCUUUCGCGCGACUGGGGAAUAAUGGCCGGUGAUGCGUUGCUAUUAUAAUGCUUGAGGAGGAUCCGUCGGCUGGACCGAGUUGCUGCUACCAAAGCGCCGUCGUUGCCGUUGCUACCACCGUCGACGUCACUGUCGCUGUUCAACGAGAGAUCGGUCGUCGUGAGACUAGGGGUGGCGCGUAGCGCGGGGGCAAACCUGGUGCUUGGGGUGCGUGGUGUGCGACAGUGCGCGUAUGUGUCCGUCCGAGUGAAACACAGCGAGUGGAACAGGCGGACUGACGAGUAAACGUUGGUGCUGGAGCGCGUGCCGAGAGCAUGCAGGGAUCGGGCGAGGCCCGGAGAGGCCUUAGUCCCGCGAGCGGACCGGGAUAAAGGGUCGAGAGGGUCGUCGUUCGGAGGAAGAGGCCAAGAGGACACGCGACGACGGGUCGGAUCGAAGGACCGGCGAGCUUUGCCACGGAUCACCGUGAACAUCCUUAAGCCGGGAUUGCAGGAACGCGGGAAGCGAGCUGGACUCGCUUUCGGGCGCAUGGAACAUGUUAGAGCGGACGGACGAUGAGUUCCGGCGGUGGGCGGAUCGGCUGACCAGACCAGAUAUCGUUUGCAGAUGUCGAGCGGAAUCGGUGCAACUGCGAUGGGGAUCGACGUUAGCCACGGGACGACGGGGGGCGGCGAGGGUGUCACGGGCGGUGGUUGCCGGCUACGGGCGCAGACCCAGACCCAGGGGAGCGGAUCGUCGGCCAGCCCGCAGGAAUCGCAGCAGCAGCAGCAGCAGCAACAACAACAGCAGCAGCAGCUACCACCCUCGUCGCAACAGCAGCAGCAACCUCAACAGCAACGACAGCAAUCAGGGAUCAUGGGACGAUCGAAAAAGGAUAACUGUUGCCUAUGCUGGUGCUGUUGUUGCAGUUGCUCGUGGAACAAAUGUUUGGCGGCGGUCGGUGGGAACACGGCAGGCGGUGGUGGCGAUCAGAGGAGCGGCGUCGGCGGUGAGUUGGGCACGGAGAACGGUCUCGAGCUAGGACACAUGGACGGCCUCGACGGGAACGUGGAGUGCAGCCUGGAGGAGAUCAGAUCGUGGGGCACGUCGUUCGACAAGCUGAUGAAAAGCCCGAUAGGCCGUAAGCUCUUCAGGGAGUUCCUCCUCAGUGAAUACAGCGAGGAGAACAUCGCGUUCUGGUUGGCGUGCGAGCAGCUGAAGUGCGAGAAGAACCCCGAGAAGGUCGAGGAAGACGCGCGUUACAUCUACGAUCGUUACAUAUCCACAGUCUCCGAGAAAGAGGUGAGCCUGGACUCGCAGGUACGCGAGAUAGUGAACCGUAACAUGGUGCAACCAACGCCGCACACGUUCGACGAGGCCCAGCUGCAAAUAUACACGCUGAUGCAUCGCGACUCGUAUCCCCGUUUCGUGAAUAGCGAGCUCUAUCGACGGGUGGCGAGACUCGGAGUCGGCGCAAGCAAUCAGGACCACGCGAGUCGGAGCACGGGAAAAUCGAAGAGGAAGAAGAGCACCACGUAAUCGCUCGUCGACGAUUAAAAGCAAAACUAAUAAUAAUAAUAAUGAAAGCGAUGGGGUGGCAGCGGACCAAAACCAGCCUCCGUCUCUUCUCAGCGCGUGCGUUUCGAGGCGACCGUUCGGGGACUGCGAACGCUGUCAACGCUGGCCGAUUGACGACGGAAAGCCGGAGGGCAUCGGCGCCAAAACACACGUACACACACGAAUAAGAAGAAGAACCAGUCGGCAAGAAGCGUUCUCUCACCCUGGAAUCCCUGUCCACGUAUAAAGAGACGGAGGACGGAGGAUCUCGAGGGCAAGGGAAUUCUCCGUUUUCCAAAAAGAGGCACAGGGAGCGGAAUAGGAACGGAAGAGUUUCCACGAAAGCGAAACUCGCUACUCGCUCUUCCACGCGAUGCCACAUCGGGGCCAACGUGCACGAACAAAUGACGAUGGACUGAUAUAAAUUAAAAUAAUGUAACUAAAAAAAAUGAAGAGUUAACGAAGAUAAGUCGAGAGCAGGAACACGGACACUGAACAGAGAGGAGAAGGAGCCUCUUUACUUUUGAGACACUUGUGUAUAUUAUACGCUCGUUCACGUGUGACGAACGAUUAGAUGAUAUCGAGGAAACGCACACGCGGGCCGAUCGGGGAUGACGUUUAUCUUUCAAGGAAGUUCCUAACGGCGAAUUUACGUGGCCUGAUUUCAUUGAAACAGUGCGGCCAAUUUUGUUCAAUUAAUCGUACCGUACAACCAAAGAUGAACCAUGUAUAUUCGUUUUAUAAACGAUCGUUUUGAUUGAACAUUUCGAUUAGGCGUUCUGAACAUUUUGUAUGAUUAUUCUAACUGAACAUUUUUAUUCGAACGUUAUUUCCAUUGUUCAGUUUACUCUGAUAUCAGUCAUGUUCAAUCAAAACGAACUCGUGUUAAGUUCCAUAAGUCUUUCGCGGCGAAUGAUCGCCGAUCUCUCUUUUUCUCUCUUUCUCCCUUGCACAAAACCACCCCUGCUCGAUUACGAAUCGUCCGAGCUUUGUCUUCUCCGCGUUCCGAGAUUCGCUUCCCCGUUCUUCUCUUCGCCUCUCCGCUUCUACCUCUCACCCUCUCUCUCUUUCUCUCUUUCUCUCUCUCUCUCUCUCUUGCUCUAUUCAAUCGGCGAACUCCUUUUGUAGCAUGCGUCAAGCAAGAUUUAUCAAAACUUGGAAAACGAUGGGCAAAUUCUCGUUUCGUUGUAUUUUUUAUUUAUUAUAUCUUUCUCUGUGAUAACGAUUGUAAAAUAAGCAGCAAUAUUCAUCGCUGAAAAUGAUAGUAGUUAAUGAUUAUCGAAUGCUGGAAGAAUGAGAAGAUACGAGUAUUCUGCGAAGAGGCUCUUUUAUGAUAGAAUUCUCUUCUUUUUUGGUGGUCGAGUGAUAGCGAUUUCUGCAACAGGACCACGAGCAGAGUGAAUUAAUUUAUUAACAGAGCCUCCAUUGCGGAAUAUCCUGUCUGAAAUACUUUUUAAAAGGAGUCCCGGUAUUCGAUGCUAAACCAAAGAACGUCAAAGUGCGGUUAAACAGUUUAUUUACGUAACGUUCGUAAAACGUCCCGUUACCAUCACGCAAUAGAGAUAUGCAGGGAGUAAUUUUCUUUUUUAAAUCGAUGUACACGACCUUGAAUGACAGCUAACCACCUCCCUCAUCGUUGGCUAUAUUUUUCCGAUAAUGUUCCCCGCUGUUUCUUUGAAUGUAUGCGACGAGGUGAUUGGCGAUUCAAGUUCAACUCAGACGGGUACGCGUCUCGACAAUCCAAUUAAUUAAUAUUCAAUUAAUUCUCUUUGUAAGCUUUGUAAUUCAAAUCAAAAGUGAUUUUUUUAUUGAAUUUUCGUUUGCAAGGGGUGAGAACGUAUAUUAUGUAAUCCAAAGAGCACCCGAUCGUCGUUUUACAAUCGAUCGAGUUAGAUUCUUAUUCAUGUAAGUUGAAGAUUCUAUUCUCUCAUCGGAUGAAGGAAAGAAGAAAGGGAAAGGAGUCAUCGAUACCUGCCAGACAUCUUAUCACUCCCAUUCCAUUGCGAAUCGUUCCAAGCACGAAGGAACUCAUUCAUCCCCCAGAAACAGAGUACAUAUACCGAGUUACUGCCAGCGAGAUACACCAAGGAUCGACUGCGCCUCGACUGCUUCGGUGACCAUCUUCGACGUAAGGAAUAGAUAGAAGAAGAAGAAGAAGAAGAAGAAAUGGUGUAUUGAUCUAGUCAGCAUCGUCCGAAGACGACGGCGUCAACGUAAGGAAAUAGGCCUAAGCGCGGAAGACUUUCGACUCGGAGCGGAAAAUUCGUAAUCGCCAAUUUAACAAAGCGAAUCGUCGCAUCGCGCGAUGUUAAACAAAUUUUAGUAUUACCUUCCUCGGGGAUGCAUUUACAAUGAAACAAUUUCCUACUUAUUUUUACGCAUUCCUUUCUUAUAAUUACGACGAUUGCUUAGGGCGAGCAGAACGCGAUGCGACGAUCGCGGUAUCAUUUCGCCAAUAGAAACCUCGCGCGACUGUGCAAAAGUUCUUGAAUUCCCUUUCCGUUAUCAUUGUUCACUUUGCACGGUCGGGCGAUCGAAACGCGUUGAUCUCAUCACGACGGAUCUCACCAGCAGCGGGAAGUGAAGCAGGAAGCGGAGGAGAAAAACGAAACGAAUUUAAAGCGUGCCUCGCAGAAGACGCGCGCUCGUUUACCAUACACGCACACACGUGACGAUCUGACACGUGACCAGGGUAGUCCAUUCGUCUUGCGAAUCGCACAAUUUCAUCCCAUCCGGCGGCGAGAAUAAAAUAAAACCCUACGGACUCCUGCAAAUGAAGUCACGUUUCCCUCUGUGUUCACACGAUCUUUCAUCUCCGAAGCUCGCAAACAAAUAUAAAACGAGUAUUACAAUAUAACAGAAGAAAAAAGAGAGUACGCUUCUUUGUAUUAAGACUUUUAUUUGAUACUACAUUGUUUUCCACUGUAUAACAGUGUUUUUUUUUUAUGAUUUUUACUUCACGGGGUUGAAACACGUCCCUGGCCACGUGGCUGCAAACGAAAUCUGAGACUCGUCUCGUUCAGAGGGAAGAUCGUCGCGAGAUGAUAGCACAAAUGUUAAAAGCGAUUUAAAUAUAAAAAAAGAAAAAACAACUGUGAAAAGUGGAAAGCAACAAAACCAAAGUUCGUACAGUCAGUCACAGCGUUUGGCUACUGCCCUGUAGAUAAUAUCCUAGAUAGUUAAACAAAAAAAAAAACACGGCGACGAUGGAAAAGCGGAU